CCCCCCUCAGGUGGUGUCAACCCUCCAUGCCCCAUGACCUGUCCCUACUUUAUUCUGAUUCUAUAGCUCGUGCGUUCCGUGUAUAAGACUCGGGUGCCGUCGCUCUCACGUCGACCCGCAAUCCGUCCCGCCGACCGAGAUGGCGAAGAACGCGGGGUUCUUGAUCUGUCUGCUGAUCAUGGCCAUGGACGUGGUCGCGGGGAUCCUCGGCAUCGAGGCCGAGAUAGCUCAGAACAAGGUGAAGCAUCUGAAGGUGUGGGUGUUCGAGUGCAGAGACCCGAGCUACCAAGCGUUCAAGCUGGGAGUGGCUGCGUGCGUGCUGUUGGCGCUGGCUCACGCGAUAGGCAACUGGAUGGGGGGAUGCGUUUGCAUUUGGUCCAAGGAGGAUUUGAAUAGAGUCACUGCUAACAAGCAAUUGGCCGUGGCCUCUCUCAUUUUCUCUUGGAUCAUCUUGGCAGUCGCGUUCUCGAUGCUGAUAUUGGGGGCGCUGUCCAAUUCGAAGUCACGGAGGACCUGCGGGCUCGCCCACCACCGGCUCCUCUCGAUCGGGGGCGUGCUGUGCUUCAUCCACGGGCUCUUCACCGUCGCGUACUUCGUGUCGGCUAAGGCAGCAAGGAAAGAAGACCGGCAGAGACAGGGACAUGCCUAGAGUUAACAACAUCGGAUUCCCCACAACUCCAUUCGAUUCUUUCAUGUGUUCUAAAGUUUGCUCCUUUUUCUUUUGGGUUCCUUUUGUCCUUGCCGAAUGUUUUGGAUUCAGAUCGAAGAACGUUUGAUUCUUGAAUUGAUUCUUGGAA